GAUGGUUUAGAAGGAUUAAAAGAAUGUGACAUGGGUUGUUAAGGUUAAUGGUCAGUUAAUGGUUUAAAUGAGUUUGACUAGAAACAUUUAUAAAUGUAAUUUAUCGGGCAGUUUUGUUCAGUAAAAAUAUUGCACGUGAUAUUUAGCUUACACUGCUGUUUGUACCGUUGUUUUUAAACUAUAGUUUUUGUCAGUUUAUAAUGAGCCCGAUGAUACUUUUGCAGUAUAAUAAAUAGUUAUAGAUGAGUUUUAGAAAGAGACAAUCUUUCCAUGACAUUAUUUUAAUUACAUCACGGUGAUUUCAUGACGCAAUUUAAUGCUAAUUGAAGAAUUAUUCAGAGUGGAAUGACAACUCUGAUAUUUGGAAUUGGUUUGGGACUUUUUGUCAUAUUGAGUCUUUGGGUGUCCGCUGGAUUGAUAUGUUUGAUCUCUCUGCGAACUGAAAAGAGAAUCGGUCCAAUUGCUGUAAUCAUUGCAACGGUAAUCACCAUAAUUCUCGUAAGCGUCCCACGAGCUUCAGAAAAGCCAAGCUAUCAGGAAAAUAAGCCAUACGAUCAACUAUUUAUUUGGCGAGUGAUACUUGUGGUCUUAUUAGCGCUUUCUUCGAUUGUUGGAUUACUUGGAUACGUUAAAGUUGGACUAAUGGAACCUAUGAGACCUUUAAGAAUCAGAAGUUGGGUUUUUUAAUAAUAGCAGUUUAUAUUUCCAACAUUAGAAAUAUCGAAAUAUUUUUUAAAAAAUAGCUUUUGUAAGCCUGAUAUAAUUAGAAAGAUUAUGUGUAUAUUUAAGAUAUACACGUUUAAAGGUACAGUAAUUGCGAUUUCGUUGUGAUUAAAAAAAAAACUAUAUAAUUUAAAUUGAUCUUAGGAAGAAAAGAAGCUUGUAUGCAAAAAUUGAUAAGCUAUAUUGUAAAUGUCACUACUCAUAUACGCCGAAAAGACUGUUACGAUGUUGAGUCACGUUAAAAAAAUGAUACAGUUUUCAGCACGCGGGAUUUCCUUACUUACUCGAAGAAAUAAGAAAUUUGAUAUAAAGGAUAAUACAGAAUUUAUUGAUAAGGUGUGGAAUAGUCCUGUUCCUGUAAUAGUAAAUUUUCAUGCAGAGUGGUGCGAGCCAUGUAAAAUUCUUACACCAAAAUUAGAAGAACUAAUUGGUCCCAUGGACCAGUUACACCUAGCUAUCGUUAAUGUGGAAUUAAAUCCAGAAUUAGUUCACACAUUUGAAGUAAAAGCUGUACCAGCAGUUAUUGCAGUUUCGAAUGGCCUAGUAGUAGACAAAUUUAUUGGUUUGGUCGAUACCACGAUGAUAGAUAAUUUAAUAAAGAAAUUAGUAAAAAUUACUAAUACGGAAAAUAAAAAUGGAUAAUUAACCCAUUCUAUGUAUGGCUACAAUUUUGCUUGGUGCUUUUACAAGUGUACAAUCUGAAGUUCACCGUUGUCUAUUUCUGUAAAUCUAAGUCCGUGCAUUGUUUAGGUUUCUUUUGAAAUCCUGUUGUAAGAUUGUGCAAAUAGCACAUUCAUAGUCUUAAGUGUUAGAACGUUUACGCGUCCUGCACAUGCAAGUACCAUUUAUGAAUAUGUACCGAAAAAUCUCCGUUAUAAGUACCGAUAGAAAUAUAUUCUAUUGUAUAUUAGUUUAUGCAUCGUGAAAAUUGUGAUUACAUCUGCAGCUAUAUCACCUAAAAGAAAAAUGAAGCCUUAAUAGUUCUUUUAGUACAAAUUAGUCUCUAUGUUUAAAAUUUAACAUUGACUCAAUUUAGGUGAAUUUAUUAAAAAGUAUAUUUUAAUCAACAUAAGAAAUUUAAAAGAAUGGUGCCACCGGAAAUAGUUAUAAUCAUGAGAUUCGAUGGUACUUUGUCGUAUCGAAACUUUAACUCGGUACCAUCAGACAUGCGUGCAUUUAUUAUUGCCAUAUAGUUUGUACUUAAUUUCACUUCGUGUCAAACAUACAAAUUAAGUCCUGUGCCUUUACUGCACUUUCUUUAUUUUAAACAUCAACAAAGACUUCCUAACGUAAAGGAAAUGCAAAGUAGUUCUUAGAAGAACUGCAUUUUUUUAACUUAGAGUGAAAGAACCUAGACCUAUUUUUUGUAAAU